AUACCUUCGUCUCUUCUCUUUAACCUCUAUAAAAAGAAGUCGCUGCAGGCUUGUCCCUAUUGUGAAUUUCACUUCCUCCAUUUUGGACUGUCUAUUACCCAACAAAGGCUGAGUUGUUGAAAAGCUACAGAGGAAACACUCGACUUAUAUCUUCACACAUGCAAACACUAAAGAGACUGGAGGCUAUUAAUAGCUUAAUAUCCCUUAUCAUUUUAGCAUGGUGAGUCACCACUGAAUGAAGAGCAGUACAAAGCAACUCAGACACUAGGUGGAAAGUGUAGCAUAGAUGUGGAGGUGCUUACCGGCUGAGUGGAUUUGGUGUACAUUGCUUAUUUCACAAGUAGCACCAAAAGAAAGAGAAUUCAAAUGAAAAGUAUUAGUUAUUUGGAAAUGUGAGCAUAUUUUUGGGGAAUUUUGAUAUUUCAUUACUUUCUUACCACCAGGAAUAUAAUAUGCACUCCCAAGCCUGUAUAUGAAAACAGCUUUUAUGGGUAUAUGUGCUUAAACACUGUACAAAGGUUUCUUUGUCAUUAUGUGUUCAAUUAUAAAUAUCACCAUUGGUCAUACACCAUCAUGUCAGCCACCGUUCCUCUUCCCCCUCAACACCCACAGACUUCUGGUGAAUUUCCCUGAGAAAUGAAUAGACAAAGGAAGAAGAACAGUCUAUUUUGCCUAACAAAUUACGUCCACAGUCCUUUACUGUCUGGGUCCCUGUGACACUAUUAGGCCAUAUCUAUGAGUCUGAUUGCAGCGUUUGUCAUAUUUGCAUUCGAGCACUCCGCUCAACUUGCUCGGUUCAGUUGGGGUGAUAUUGAACGAUCUCCUUUGCAUUGCCUUUGUCUGACUAGUGCUUUCACUCAAUUCAUAAAGCAGUGACUUCAAUUAACUUAAAAAUACCACAGUCAGUGGCUCAAAAACGUUUUUAUCUCACAAACUGCCAUUCAUGAAUAUCCACGUUCUUGUGAGGAGUUUGUAAUUGUUUAUGUGCAAAGUGAAUUAAAUUAAAUGUCAUGAAUUAUGAAUAUGAAUUAAAUUAAAUGUAUACAAUCUUUUUGCAUUUUUGUAACUGACUUUAAUACUAAACUCUGAAGUACUUGAAUUGCUAGAGUUGAUCUAUUGCCAACCUUGAAAGCAGAGCAAUACCAUCUUAUUAUUAUUAUUAUUAUAAUUUUUUUUAUUAUAAGGUCCUGAGCUUAAUGUGCAGCACGUGGCUUUGUGUCCAACUGGUUAAACUGUGCAGGAGAGUAAGUAACUAGGCAAGUCAAGUCUAACUGGUUAAGUUUUACAGAGCUGCGACUAAAAAUCUGUAUAGACCCCCAAGACAUUGCAUCUACUUUCUAAAGUGUUAAUAAAAGCAGAAAGUGAAAUUUUGGCACAUGUUGAACACUGCGAGAUGCCACUGACAUGCGCUUCCUGACGCUGAGAAUAACUGGUGCAGGAGGUGUGUCUUUCAAAGAGUGUUUUUUUCUUAAGUUGUGACCCUGUGUGUGAGCCCUCCCUUUGUGCCCUGUUUGUAACCUUAGGCAGUGGUACUCGCUGCCAGUUAUCGCUCACCCACUGUGCCACAUGGUAUCUCACCUCCUUCUACUAAUCCACAUCUGCUUCAGAGAGAUACGAGACUGCAUAAACAGUCAAUCACACUGUGUCAGCAGCAUUCAUGUUUGAGUGUGCAGCGGCGGUGAUAGACGCCUCCAUGGAGCAGUCACGUUGGUUGUCCCCGACAUUCCUGCCCUCCGAAGCCUUGGCAGCCUUCUCCUCUGAGUCUGCUUUUAUGCCUCCACCUGAAGAGGAGCCAUCAUGCUCCGGUGUGGAGUCCGACCUCAGUGUGCUGCCAUCCAUCUUCACCAGCUCAGCACACAGUCGACACACGCCAUCAUACAGACACAGUCCAGUUCGACAGGUGUACUCCUCCCCUUCCUUCCUGAAUAACAUGUCCUGGUUAGAUGGCUCGGCAGGGCAAUCCCCGACUGCCUCUUAUCCCCCACACUCCUCUUCCUCCUCCUGGCACAGCAGCCCUUUCUCUAAAGCCUCCCUCCACCCGAACCAGCACCUCUCCCCAUCCUUCCUCCCCACCGUCGCCUCUCUCUCCUCCCUCAAGUCACUGAGAAUGGAGCCCCUCGCCCCCGGACAGGAUUUCAAGGAGAACCUCCGGCUCCAGGAGUGUGUGAAGGGAGAGAGACUGACUCCUCAUGAAGGGGGUGAAGAGGCCACCCGUCUCCACACUCCCCACUUGGUCAGCCCCACAGCGGGAAGGGGCUAUAGCCACUCCCCACAGUCCCACUCAUACACUCCCACACACUACACUGCAUAUGUGCCUCCCCCACAAGACCACAGCACCGCUGCCAUCUACCUGCCCUCCUCUUUCUCCCCAAAAAUACGCAACAAGAUGGCCUUCUUUCCUCCAGAGGCAAGGGAAUGUGUGAACUGUGGGGCCACAGCCACCCCACUCUGGAGGCGAGAUGGUACAGGCCACUACCUCUGCAAUGCCUGUGGACUAUACCACAAAAUGAAUGGACAGAAUCGACCUCUCAUUCGGCCCAAGAAGAGACUGGUUGUUAGUAAGAGGGUGGGCACUCAGUGUGCCAACUGCCAUACCAGCACAACAACCCUGUGGAGACGCAAUGCCAGUGGAGAUCCAGUGUGCAACGCCUGUGGCCUAUACUUCAAACUCCACAACGUGAAUAGACCUCUUACCAUGAAGAAGGAUGGUAUCCAGACACGCAACCGCAAAGUGUCCAGCAAGAGCAGGAAGGGCAAGAGAGGCUGCCUGUCCGAGACAGACUUCUACCCCCACAUAUCCAGGGGCCCUUCCUCUGAGCAGCACAUAGACUCUUACCCUCCAGGCUCUGCUCCUUUCCUCUCCUACAACCACUCACCACACAUCAUCCCCUCUUCCCCCUCACUACACCCUGCUGUCUCCCUGCCCUACCCGUACCAUCCAAACACCAGUCUGAUUCCCACACUCAUGGGAGAGGCCAGGGUAUAUUAAUCUGAUGAAAAUGAAGCCAAGCAUAGUAAUGUGUUUCUAAUAUUUGCAUAUACCCUUACUGACAUGUGCAUCAGAUAUUAGUGCAGUCGUAUUGUUGGUUUUUUAAUGGUUGCUGUUUUUUUGGAAAUGAAUAAAGCUAACUUUUUUAAUUCAA